AUGACGGAGAGAGUCAGUCUCAUCCGUCAGCCAUGGGUCCUCAAACCGAUGCUUGAACGAGGAUUCACAUCUGUGCGUGAUUGCGGCGGCGCGUCAUUGGCUAUGAAAGAGGCCGUGGAAGAAGGCGUAUGCAUUGGACCCCGGCUGUUCAUCGCCGGCUUCGCUCUGUCUCAGACCGGUGGACAUGGCGAUAUGCGCUCCUCGCACGAUCAGUCUCCGUGCUCUUGUGGUGCUGUUUCGGGCAUCAGUCGCAUUAUCGACGGGACGUCAGAAUGCUUCAGGGUCGCUCGUGAUGAGUUGCGUCAGGGAGCUGAUUUCAUCAAGAUCAUGGGUGGCGGCGGCAUUUCCAGUGCCGCGGACAAGAUUGAGAAUCUCCAGUUCUCCGACGAGGAGAUCAAAGCCAUCGUUACGGCUGCAAAGAACAAUGGGACCUAUGUCACCAGCCACAGCUACACAUCCCAGGCGAUCCAACAAGCGAUCCGCCAAGGCGUCAGGGGCAUCGAGCACGGCAAUCUCAUUGACGCGGAAACAGCCAUGCUGAUGGCCGAGACGGGCACUUUUCUCACCCCGACGUUGAUCACACAUGUCAUGUCCAAGCAACUCAAUUUCUUGCCCCCAGUCUCCGCGGCAAAGAAUGAUGAAGUCCUGCAGAAAGGCCUCGAAGCCAUCAAAGUCGCGACUGAGGUCGGCGUCACAAUCUGCUUCGGCACGGAUCUUCUCGGACCAUUGCAUUUCGCUCAAAGCAAGGAAUUUUCUGUGCGGAGUCAGGUGCAGAAGCCGGCGGAGAUACUUCGCAGUGCGACUGUGAACGCGGCCAAGUUGCUGAUGAGGGAGAACGAGCUGGGACAGGUGAAGGAGGGGUUUCUGGCUGACUUUAUUGUCCUGGAGAGAAAUCCUUUGGACGACAUAACAAUCCUGGAUCGAUCCGAGGAGAAUGUCUUGGCUGUUGUCAAGGAUGGAAGGGUGGUGUCGUCUAGAUGGACUGAUGUCAAGGUUGAUAUUCAGAGUAGGCCAUAG